UCUCCGGACUUCAACCGCUCAGCAUGUGAACCGACGCGCCGCAUGAAGUCAACUCGAGAAAACCGUGGAAAUAUGCGUCUUUUCGUGUUUUAAUCCGUCGUUAGUUUUGGUCAAAGUCACAGGCGCGAAGUCCCGGACGCGUUGGACUAACUCGUGUUCGCGUCGCGUCGAGAAAGCGGGAGUUAAAGUGCGGUUUUCCCCGGGCUGGCGGAGAGAGUGGACUGCUUGGAGUCACUUACAAAGACCAUCAAGAAGUCAUGACACGACGAACGUUCCACUUGGAUUUAUCUGCGUGAAAUACGAGCUAAAGUCGAGCGGGGACCCCGCAACUCGGUGGGUUUGGACUACGGGCGCAGGGUCGGGACGUUUGCUGCAGGUUUUCGUCGCUUUUCAGCCGUUUUCAAGUCGCCCUACUUGGAUCAAAGUUUUUUUUCCCUCUCCCUCCCCCCUCCUCCUCAACUAUGGCGGCGGCCAGGUCCACCACUGGCUCCGUUUCCCUGCGGAUCAUGUGGCUGCUGUGCGGGCUGUGCUUCUCACCCACCGCAACCCAACACUACAACAGCGAGAGUGGCAUAUCCAUCCCGGAGCAUGGGUUCUGUCAGCCCAUCUCCAUCCCGCUGUGCACCGACAUCGCCUACAACCAGACAAUCAUGCCGAACCUCUUGGGCCACACGAACCAGGAGGACGCCGGUCUGGAGGUGCACCAGUUCUACCCGCUGGUGAAGGUCCAGUGUUCCGCGGAUCUCAAGUUCUUUCUCUGUUCCAUGUACGCGCCCGUCUGCACCGUGCUGGAGCAGGCCAUCCCCCCUUGUCGGUCCCUGUGCGAGCGUGCACGGCAGGGAUGUGAAGCCCUGAUGAACAAAUUCGGCUUCCAGUGGCCGGAGCGGCUCCGCUGCGAGGCGUUCCCCGUCCACGGUGCCGGAGAGAUCUGCGUGGGCCAGAACACAUCCGAACCCAGCAGCCCACCCUCGUCGUCUUCUCCCAACGCGCUCGAUCCAAUGACCCUCCCCCCAAAUCGACCGAACCCACGCCCGCCCACGUACAACCAGUACCACCAGUUUUCCUGCCCACUGCAGCUGGAGGUGCCGUCCUAUCUGGGUUACCGCUUCAUGGGGGUCAAAGACUGCGGGGCCCCGUGUGAGCCCAAUAAACCCACCGGGAUCAUGUACUUCCGAGACGACGAGGUGAAGUUCGGCCGCCUGUGGGUCGGUAUCUGGUCCAUCCUGUGCUGCGUGAGUACCCUCUUCACCGUGCUCACUUAUUUAGUGGACAUGCGGCGGUUCCGAUAUCCCGAGCGGCCCAUCAUCUUCCUGUCCGGCUGCUACUUCAUGGUGGCGGUGGCCUACGCUGCUGGGUUCUUCCUGGAGGAUAAAGUAGUCUGUGUGGAUAAAUUCAAGGAUGAGGGCUACAGGACCGUGGCCCAGGGGACCAAGAAGGAGGGCUGCACCAUCCUCUUCAUGGUGCUGUACUUUUUUGGAAUGGCCAGCUCCAUCUGGUGGGUGAUUUUGUCCCUGACGUGGUUCCUCUCCGCCGGGAUGAAGUGGGGACAUGAGGCGAUAGAAGCCAAUUCCCAGUACUUUCACCUGGCCGCAUGGGCUGUCCCGGCCAUCAAGACCAUCACCAUCCUGGCCAUGGGUCAGGUGGACGGCGAUGUCCUGACCGGGGUGUGCUUCGUCGGGAUCUUCAACGUGGACGCCCUCCGCGGCUUCGUCCUGGCCCCGCUGUUCGUCUACCUUUUCAUCGGCACGUCCUUCCUCCUGGCCGGCUUCGUGUCCCUGUUCCGCAUCCGCACGAUCAUGAAGCACGACGGCACCAAGACGGAGAAGCUGGAGAAGCUGAUGGUGCGGAUCGGGGUGUUCAGUGUGCUCUACACGGUACCGGCCACCAUCGUGAUCGCCUGUUACUUCUACGAGCAGGCCUUCAGGGAGCACUGGGAGCGGACCUGGCACAUGCAGACCUGCAAGCGCUUCGCCGUGCCCUGUCCGGUCCACAACUUCGCCCCCAUGACCCCGGACUUCACCGUGUUCAUGAUCAAAUACCUGAUGACCAUGAUAGUCGGGAUCACCUCGGGGUUCUGGGUCUGGUCCGGGAAGACCCUCCAGUCCUGGCGGAGGUUCUACAAGCGCCUGAGCAACGGGAGCCACGGGGAGACAACGGUGUAGGAAGGAUGGAGAGGCACAGGGCCUGGAAGUUAUGGAUCUAACAACCACGAUGAUAAAAAAAAAAUAGCUUUCUUUUUUUAAAUUGCUAUUUUGGACAUGUUUUCUUUGGACCGGAUUUCUGUGUUAUCAGGUCCUGGCACCAGUUCAUGUUGUUGGACUCAAAAAAACUCUGAUAUUCGGUAGAAGUUGGAUGAAUUUUCAAUAUAUUUCUUUUUUGUUCUCUUUUUUUUUAUUGUCGUCAUCAGACAGCUCUCACUCCUGGCUUUUGCAUCUUUUUGGAUUAUAGAACUGGUUUCAAUGGCCGCACUGGUCCCUGAACUGUGACGUCAGACUGGCAAAGUUACUUUUAAUAUGAAUUUCCCUUACUUAUUAUUGAUUAUAUCCUUGAUAUUACAAUUUGAAUGUACUUCCUGUCUACUCUGGUGAGCGUAAAGGAAAAGACUGAUGGGCCAUGCAGUGUGGCAGUCUGUACAUGCUAUAGCAGAAAGGUCACACGGUGGGUUUGAUCCCUACAGCAGCCACACACUCUGACUGUGACUUCCAUCAUCAGGGGAGCUGGGACCAUACCAUGUAGAUUAUAAAGUAGCCUACUCUGCUGUUAGCUAAGGACUGAAAUGCUUUAAUACUGUUAAAUAUUGCAGUGUACAAUCUGACCGGUUUUUAAUAUGAGGAAUAAUGCAUUGACCCAUCUUGUGCCAAAUGGUUGCCCAGAGAUCCAAACUCUUUUUUCCCCCUCCAUUUUCUACUUUUUUUUUUAUUUGUAAAUUUUCAGACUGAAUAUUUGCUUGUGUAUUGAUUGUUCAAUCUGUAGCUAAAUGAAGUUAUGUAUUGGUUUGCACAGCUUAAGGUUACAAGUGUUAAAACUGACUGAUCCACCGCAGGAUGACCCGAAUAUAAAGAGACCACACAUGUGCACACACACACCCAAACACACAAGCAGAGGCUUCCACUCUCUGUAAUAGAGACACAACAGCUCAUUGUUGGUCUCUGUGUGUGGUCUCCCAUCAAAAAGGCUUUUUAAGCUCUUAAGGCAUCCGAAGCACCGUUUCAAGGAUCCAACUAUAAUCCUUCGGAGUUAAAACGGUUUGCUGCGCAUUUUCCAUGUUACUUUAUCCCGGAUGAAGAUGACUGUACACAGUCACCGCUGCAUUUCGGCCCAUUGUUACUGAAUCCACCUUAUUUUAAUGUUAUUUCACUCCGAAGUGUUGAAUGGUUUUCACAAACAGAGAUUUUUUAAUGAAUCAUUAUUUUAGUGUCCGCACACAUGUAUUUUCUCUCCGUUUAAAAACCCAGUCCUGUGUGGGGGUAUUUUGUGUUUGGAGAAAGCACAGUGGUGACAGACGACGCAGCGGAGGUUGAUUUUUACAACUCACCUGCUUUCUUUUAUUGGUAAAAACUGAACGUUCAUGUCACCUCAAUUAGUUAACAAGCUAAUGCCAAAACUAUUUCUAAAGUUGCUGUAAAGCUUUUUAUAGAAGAGCAGGAAUUCUCUCCACUAAAUGCCUUUUACCAUUGAAAUAGCACAACCCAGAGAUGUAGGUCAGGAUUGAACAUCGUUCAUUCAUUUUCUGUAACCCGAGUAGCGUUUGGAAUUUCAAUGGAAACUCCAGUAGAAAAUGUACUCCAUUGUUGAACGCAGCACAUUUGAAUGGAAUCAUAAAAUCAGAAGGAAGUUGUGUUUUGAAACCCGAGCAGAAAAAAUGUGUUUUUAAGUAAAGGCUGUCGGCUGUGAAACAGGAUAUGAUUUCCAGAAGCUUUUGAUUCUCGCACGUCACAUUUUCUCUACAUGCAUCACACUGAUGUAAAUGGUCGAAGUAUCCUGCAACAGUUUGACCUUUAUAGACUUGGUACUCUACUCGUUUUUAAUCUCUAAAGCUGUGUCUCAUAUCCACACAUACUAACACAAGAAACACACUAUGUACCAAUCAUCAUAGUGUUUAAGCAGUCUGUAUACAAGGAAUGUCACAUUUCCCAUGUGAAUGUACUUACAUACCUCAAACCCUGGUUAAAAUUAGCAUGUAGGAUCUGUCUGUCCUCCAUCAUGCUUCUACCUAAGAAGGCAAACACAUUGUGUGCGCUGAGAUCUUCCAUUGUCAACGAUACCAGACUGACCUGUUUGUGAUGUGCUAGUUUUCAGAAGGAAUAUGAGUGUGUUUGUGUGUAUUUUUAUCAGAACAUAUGCAACCUACCAAGUAAACGCAGACGGUUUUUGUAAAGGCAUAUUGUAUUUAUGGGGAUACUCAUGUUUUUUUGUCUUUUUUACCUGUUUUUUAUCGAUAAGCCUGUUGUACGUGUACAGUUUGAAUAAAAGCGAUAAGGUUUGUAA